AUGGUUCGACUAGGAAAUUUGACCAAACUUCAAUGUUCUGGAGUAAGCGCACUGAUCAUCGUCGAUGUUCAUGCGAGGGAUGUAGUAUCUACUAUGGUUGUUCGUGAAAUUAAUAGUGACACGCACUUCGAAUGGUUGAAACAGCUUCGUUACUAUUGGGAUAACGAAGAUGGUUGUGUCACGUAUUCUAUCAAUGGCCGUUGGUUGUACGCAUUUGAAUAUCUGGGUUCAUCUCCUCGAUUAGUGAUAACACCGUUAACUGACCGAUGCUACUUAUGCUUGAUGGGUGCGCUUCAAUUAAGUCUAGGAUGUGUAUUAUCUGGACCUACAGGCACCGGAAAAACUGAAACUGUCAAGGACCUCGCCAAAGCGUUGGCUACACAAUGUAUCAUAUUCAAUUGUUCUGAUGGAUUAAAUUAUAAGACAAUAGGCAGAUUUUUUUCGGGCUUGGCUCAAUCGGGAGUGUGGUGUUGUUUCGACGAAUUCGACCGAGUAGGUAUCGAAGUGCUAUCGAUCAUUGCACAACAGCUAAUUACUAUCACGAACGCAAAAACAACUAAUGCCAAUAAGUUCACAUUUGAAGGCCGAGAGAUUAGAUUUAUUAGAACAUGUGCAGUAUUUAUUACAAUAAAUCCGGAAUAUGUGGGACGAAACGAAUUACCAGAUAAUCUACAAGCGUUGUUUAGACCUGUGGCAAUGAUGAUACCAGACUAUAGUUUAAUUGCUGAGGUUAUAUUGUAUUCUGAAGGGUUUCAGUCAUCAAAAAUAUUGUCUCAAAAAAUAGUAAAAAUGUAUCAAUUGUGCAAUGAACAGCUUUCCAUUCAUAAACACUAUGAUUUUGGAAUGAGAGCUGUAAAAAGCGCUUUGAUAAUGGCAGGCUUUUUAAGACGAGAAAACCCUAUGGUUGAAGAAAAUUCAAUUUUAUUCAAAGCGCUAAAGGAUACUAAUCUACCGAAAUUUCUAAAAGAUGACGCCGUACUAUUCCAAGAUAUAUUAAGCGAUCUAUUUCCCGGAAUUAUCUUGCCAGAAUAUAAUUAUGAAAUAUUCCUAUCGACUGCCCAAAGUGUGAUGGAAAAUGAAGGCUAUCAAAUUAAUGAGUGCUUCUAUAAAAAACUUAUACACUUAUUGCAAACAAUAACUAUCCGGCAUGGUAUUAUAACUAUUGGUCCAACUGGAAGUGGAAAGACUACAAUUUUAAAAAUACUUAGUAAAACAUUAACAGAGCUUUACAAUAAAAAAAUAGAAAACCGACAUUACAAACCAGUAAACGUAUACCGUCUGAAUCCUAAAGCGAUUUCUAUGAACGAACUGUACGGCCAACUAGACCUCUUAACAAUGGAAUGGAGAGAUGGAUUACUUGGAAAGAUUAUAAGAAAAACAGCUCAAAUGGAAAAAGAAGAAUUUCAAUGGGUGGUAUGCGACGGACCCAUAGAUUCAGUAUGGAUCGAAAAUCUUAAUUCCAUACUGGACGAUACCAAGAUUUUGUGUUUAGCCAACUCUGAACGCAUAAAACUGAGUUCUUGGGUUAAAAUGUUUUUCGAAGUUGUUGACUUAUCACAAGCAUCGCCCACCACAGUUAGCAGAUGUGGAGUUGUUUAUAUAGAUACAUCGAACGUCGGUUGGCUACCAUAUGUACACUCGUGGUUAAAUAAAUUGCAAAAUGACGUAAUUAAAAGUAGUACAGAAUUAAAAAAAUAUAUAGAGUUACUAUUUGAAAUUUAUGUCAACGAAGGUUUUUCAUUUAUUAACAAACAUUGCUUAGCUACCAUUAAACAGGUUGACAUUAGUAAAGCAGCCAUGAUGUGUACUAUUCUUGAAUCUCUAUUAUCUGACCCAGCUAGUUUUGAUGCGUCCGCGGAAAUUUCCAAAGUCCAACAAUUUAUUUAUCAAUCAUUUAUAUUUUCGUAUUUGUGGUCUUUGGGAUCGAAUUUAGUCGAUUAUUCUCAAAUAAAAUUCGAGGAUUUUGUUUUCAAUCAAAUUUCAGACAAAUCCGAGUGUGGUAUUCUACCCGAAAUGAAAUUAUUCGACGUAUACCUAAACACAGAAAAUAAGAAGUUUGAAAAUUGGAAUACUAUUAAACAGGAUUAUGUGUACAAAACUAAUACACCUUAUCACGAGUUACUGGUGCCUACAGUCGAUAGCAUCCGAUAUAGACAUAUUGUCCAAAGGAUAGUAAAAAUGAACCAACCAGUGAUGUUGACUGGAACAACAGGUGUAGGUAAGACUUCUGUAGCAAAUUUAAUUAUACAAGACUUAAUAUCUACGGGUGAUUGGAUAUCUUCAACAAUAAAUUUUUCUACGUACACCAAUAGUAAAUGGACUCAAAAAGUAUUGGAAUCAAAAUUGGCGAAGAAAAAACGAAACCGUUUCAGUGCGCCAGCAAACAAACGUUUGGCGCUUUUCAUCGAUAACGUCAACAUGCCGAUACCUGAAUUAAACGGUGCUCAACCUCCUAUUGAACUACUGCGACAGCUUUUGGACUCUGGUGGCAUAUACGAUAGAGAUAAACUGGAUUGGAAUGAUAUAGAAAAUUUGAUUUUGUGUACCAUCUGCGCAUCUCCAGGGGGAGGAAGGAAUUUAUUAACUUCGAGGUUCACAAGGCAUUUUUCGGUGAUUUUCAUGCCUAUUGCGAGUGAAAUUACCAUGAAAACUAUAUUCACGUCGAUUUUGGAUGGUUUCCUCAAAGAAUUUCCUCCAAAUAUAGCUAACUCUAGUUCUGAAAUAGUGCAAGCCAGCAUCAAAGUAUAUUUACGUAUUUCAGAAGACCUGCUUCCAACUCCAGCCAAACCACACUACAUGUUUAAUCUUAGAGAUUUGUCAAAAACCAUACAAGGAAUCUUGCAAGCUAAUUUCAUCACAAUACCGGAUCGAACACAUUUAUACAGACUAUGGUAUCACGAAACAUUGCGUGUUUAUCACGACCGUUUGGUUUGCCCAAAAGACAAGUCGUAUUUCUUAAAUCUUCUUCAAGACGUGUGCACACAUUAUUUCAACACUUCUGUGUUAGACUUUUCCAAAUAUACAGACAAGAAUCCAUCAAGUCCUCCUGUAUUGUUAUUUGGUGAUUUCAUGAAUCCAGUUUCAAGAGAAAGCCGGAUUUACCAAGAAAUAAUAGAUAUCGAUAAAUUAAAAACCACAUUGAUAAAUGCCUUAACAGAUUUCAACAUGGCUUAUAAUAAAGACAUGCACAUCAUAUUUUUCAUGGAUGCUAUAGAACAUAUCACACGCAUCGCAAGGAUAUUGAGAUCUGAAAGAGGAAACGCUUUACUUGUUGGAGUUAAUGGAGUAGGCAAGCAAUCGUUGACUAAACUAUCUUCACACCUUAAUGCUUACAAGUAUUUUCAAAUUGAAUUAACAAAAUCAUAUAAUCAUACUGCUUUUCGUGAAGACUUAAUGAAUCUUUAUCACAACACUGGUGUGAAAUAUGAAGAUACCACAUUUUUAUUCAAAGACAAUCAAAUAGUCCAAGAAGAAUUUUUAGAAGAUAUAAACAAUAUUUUAAACUCAGGAGAAGUACCAGAUUUGUUUAAACAAGGUGAUUUAGAGAAGUUAAUAACUACUUGUCAACCAGCAGCAUUAGAUUUGGGAAUUGAUGGUGCGAAUCAAGAAGUGAUGUUCAGAUUUUUUAUAGAGCGCGUACGCUCUAAACUCCACCUCGUCGUGUCCAUGAGCUCGAUCGGCGAUACAUUUAGACGAAGAUGCCGACUGUUUCCUUCGUUGGUUUAUAAUUCAACAAUAGAUUGGUUUGACGAUUGGCCAACCGAAGCACUCUUGUCAGUGGCUCAUAAAAGCUUAGAAUCUUUUGGACAAUCAGAUAACCCUAACCUAGUCGACAAUUUAACAUAUAUCUGCUACAAUAUGCAUUUAACGACCAGUCAAGUGACUGAAAAGUUUCACAAACAAACGGCAAGGCACUGCUACGUUUUCCUCAAGAGUUAUUUGGAAUUUCUGAAAUUAUACAUAAAAUUAUAUGGAUCCCGAACUGACAAGAUUAAAAACGAUUCUGACAGGAUUUCAUAUGGUUUGCGUAAGUUGUACGAGACAUUUGAUAUGGUGGGAGAUAUGAAAACAAAAUUAAAAUCAAUGGCACCAGCACUAUUGGAGAAAAAUGAAGCUACUUUAAAACUGAUGGAAGGUUUAACGAGAGAAAAGGCGAGCGUAGACAAGGUCCGUAAAAUAGUGCUUGUUGAAGAGACAGCAGCUAAAAUGAAAGCUUCAGCCGCUCAAGAAAUAGCAGAGGAUGCGCAAAGAGACCUUACUUUAGCUAUGCCAGCGAUGGAAGCAGCCAAAGCGGCUUUAGAAUCACUCAACAAAAACGAUAUAAACGAGCUUCGGAUGUUGAGCAAGCCACAUAAGCUCGUUCAAACUGUUAUGGAAGCUGUGUGUUUAUUAUUUGGAAAAAAAACCGAUUGGACUUCAGCUAAAACCGUACUAGGAGAUACUAAUUUUCUAAAAGCUCUACAAGAAUACGAUACAGACAACAUAUCCGACAAAAUGAUCAAUCAACUUAAGCCUUACAUUGAAGAUCCAGAUUUUAAUCCGCAGAAAGUAGCUACUCAAUCAAAAGUGGCCAAAUCGAUGUGCAUGUGGGUUCGAGCAGUUCACAGUUACUCUCUAGUAUAUCGAAUAGUAGAACCUAAAAGAAAGAAACAACAAGAAGCCGAAGAUGAACUCAAUGUCGUGUUGAAAGAACUAAGAACAAAACAAAAAAUGUUAGCUGAUGUAGAAGAACGUCUACAAAAACUCGAAGACAUUUACGACUUAAGCGUUUCGGAAAAAAACAAAUUAGAAUUGGACAUAGAACAAACCCAAUCUCGUUUAAACAGGUCAGACUUACUUGUUGCAGCUCUAAGCGAUGAACAGCAGAGAUGGGAAAAUAGUUUAAAAACGUACUCACACCGUCUGUUGACUAUGAUUGGAGAUACAAUAAUAGCAGCUGGAAGUAUCACUUAUCUGGGACCAUUUACGGAUGAAUAUCGUAAAGAGAUAACUCGUUCGUGGUUACAAGAGUUAACACAAUAUAACGUACCAUAUUCACCAAAUUAUUCCUUGAGCUGUGUAUUGGUCGAUCCUUCUGAGUUGCGAUCGUGGAAUGUCAACGAUCUACCCCGGGAUUCGGUGUCGACAGACAGCAUGAUAAUUGCGACAAGAGCAAGUCGAUGGCCGUUGAUGAUAGACCCUCAAGGACAGGCAAACAAAUGGAUCAAGGGUUUAGAAGCAGACAAUUCUCUAAGAAUAUGCAGAGGUACGGAUUCCACCGUCAACUUAACAGACGUGAUUGUCGACGCAGCCAGGCUGGGUAAUGCAGUGUUAAUCGAAGGUCUUGAUGAACACAUAACCCCUACACUCAGAUCCGUGCUAGAGAACGUCACGUUUUUACGAGAUGGACGUUUUUUUAUGCGUAUCGGUAAUAUCGACAUAGAAUACAACUGUAAGUUCAGAUUCUACAUGACGACCAAAAUGUCAAAUCCUCAUUACCUACCAGAUAUAUGGAUACAUGUAACAAUUAUAAAUUUUAUGGUAACAGCAAAGGGCUUAGAAGAUCAGUUAUUAGUUCACGUCGUGCGAUUAGAAAGGCCCGAUUUGGAAGAUAAACGAACCGAAAUAAAUUUGAGUUUAAACAACGACAAUAAUUUAUUGAAAGAAAUGGAAGAUAAAACGUUGAAAAUGCUAUACAUGUCUGAGGGGAAUAUUUUAGAUGAUGAAGAACUCAUCGAUGCACUCAACAAUAGCAAGGAAUCAUCAAUUAUCGUUGCUGGGCGUUUGAUCGAUGCAGAAGAAACAAAAAAAAACGUCAAUAUCACACGAGAACGAUAUCGACCGAUAGCAAAACGAGGUUCAUGCCUUUAUUUUGUUGUAGCUCAACUGUCUGAAAUUAACUCCAUGUACCAAUUUUCUUUGGACUAUUUUAAUACUAUAUUUUGUAAUGUGAUAAAAAAUAGUAACAAAUCAGUUAAAAUCGAUGUAAAAAUACCAACUAUGGUAGAAGAUAUUACCAUGGCUAUUUAUACGAAUAUUUCUAAAGGCCUGUUUGAACAUCAUAAAUUAAUAUUCAGUUUCUUACUCAGCAUCAACAUACAUUUGCAAAUAGGUAAAAUUACUAAUGACGAAUGGAAUUUUUUGCUUCACGGGCCUAUAAAUAUGGCAAAAAUAGACAUUCCUAAGAAACCUAUGUUAUUGAAAUUGUCAGAAGACGCAUGGAAAACUGUAAAUUACAUGUCUAAAGUAUUUCCUAAGUUUAAAAGUUUUCCAGAAAACUGCACCGGACGUAUACAAAUCAAACUCGGUGACUUCACUCAGGAUAUUCAUUUAGAUAAUGAAAACAAUAAUCCCACUGUAAAUUGGGAUUCAAUUUUGAACCCAUUUGAAAAACUUAUGAUUAUAAAAGCAUUCAAAGAAGAAAAAUUAAUUUGCGCCAUUUCUAAUUACGUCGUCACCGAACUCGGGAAAAUGUUUAUCGACAGUCCGGAAAUUUCACAUCAUUCAUUGUACACUAACACAUCAUCGACGAUACCAUUAAUUUAUAUCAUCAGUCCAGGCUCAGAUCCAUUUGAGUCAUUCCAAAAAUUUGCAGAAGAAUUUGGUACGAUAGAUAAACUACAUGCAAUAUCUCUUGGCCAAGAUCAGGGACUUAUUGCAGAAAAAUUAAUAAAGAGAGGCAAAGAAAAAGGCGACUGGGUUUUUUUGCAAAAUUGUCAUUUAGCGCCAUCGUGGAUGCUUAAAAUGGAAAAUCUAGUUCGAGAACUGAUCGAUAAUCCAUCGGAUGUCAAUCAAAAUUUUCGAUUGUUUUUAAGUUCAGUACCAUCAAAAAUUUUUCCUACUUCUGUUUUACAAAAUUCUUUAAAAGUUAUCCACGGACCACCAAAAGGCUUACGAGCAAAAAUGAAAAAGAUAUUCGCGGACAUGAAUGUCAAUUUCUUCGAAGAUAAUGCUUUUGGAUCUGAUUGGCGAAAAAUGGUGUUCGGGCUUUGUUUUUUCCACGCCAUCAUAUUAGAAAGAAAGAAAUUUGAAUCACUUGGUUGGAACAUACCGUACAAGUUUACUGACAGUGAUCACAAAUAUGCUAUGCAUUUAUUACAAACGUACUGCUUAACCGCAAACGAAAUACCCUGGGAUGCCUUGCAAUACUCCAUGGUCGAGAUAAUAUAUGGUGGUAGAGUUAAUGAUUAUUGGGAUCGUAAAACCAUGAAGACAAUACUUUUGAAUUUCUUUGAUCCUCGUAUACUCGAGUCGAGUUACAAGUACUCUCAGACUGGUAUUUACUUUUGUCCAGAAUCAGAAAACUGUACCACCAUCAAUAACUAUCAGGCAUUUUUAAAUAAUCUACCAAUAACGGAAGAACUAGACAUAUUUGGAAUGCACGAAAAUGCAAACAUAGCAUAUCAAACUAGAGAAACAGAAGAUAUGUUACGGACAAUCAUUGGUGUCUACUCAAAAUCACUUACCGGUGUAGAUAGUAAACUGGGUGACGAAAUUGUUAUAGAAAUAGCCAUUGAUAUUUCCAAAAGACUCAUUAACUCCAUAAACUUUCAACAAGCCCAUUCAACAAUAUUGACACUUGACGAUAAAGGACGAUUGUCUCCAUUAUCUAUAGUCUUAUCACAAGAGAUUAAACAUUUUAAUACAUUACUCGAUGUCGUGCAUAAUUCUUUAACAGACUUAUGUAAGACAAUCAAAGGACAACAAAUUAUGUCUUCAGAAUUAGAAGAAGUUUAUUGGUCAUUUAUGAAAAAUACUGUACCGAAAAUUUGGCAGAACAAAGCGUAUCCCUCAUUGAAGACUUUAGGUAGUUGGAUCAAAGAUUUGAUAUUAAGACUGGAUUUUAUUAAUAUCUGGACAAAAUUUGGAAGUCCUCCUUCUUACUGGAUAUCCGGUUUAUAUUUUCCACAAGGUUUUAUUACCGGAUGUCUGCAAAGACAUGCCCGAAAAUACAGUAUACCUGUAUAUAGUUUAAAAUUCGAUUUUGAGCUUACCAGCACUGUUCUGUCACAAGAGGAAAUUACCACCCUACACGCAGACAACUUGAAAAGAGAAAUUCACGUUUACAAAGACUUAACAGAACGAGAAGACGGUAUUUACAUCCACGGACUAUUCCUAGAUUCCGGACGUAUUGACUUGGUCAGCAAACGUCUCGUGGAUCCUAUUCCAGGUGAACUGUAUUCUCCGCUACCGGUUAUGCUACUAAUACCCUCCAUAAAUAUAAAUAAAAAUAGUUUGCGAUAUAACUGUCCUGUGUAUAAAACCACCGCUCGAGCAGAUGUUUCUUUGAUCACUGGACAUGAUGGACAUUUUGUGAUUGGCAUAUUAUUACCAACAGACUUUCCGGAAAGUUAUUGGAUCCUUAAAGGAACCGCUCUAAUUGCACAAAUAACAAAUUAAUUCUCCAAGUAUAAUAUUCAUAUUAUAUUCCAUUCGAUGUUCAAAAACGAUAAACAGUUAAUAUAAUAAUAUCAUUUAUACGUUAAUCAUUAAUCCAAUUCUUCAAGGAUUUGUAUUAAAAACAAUUAUUAAUUGCACAAUGGUGGCAUUUAAGUGUAGCCAAUGGCCCAUUGUUUGCCAAAAAUACUGAAUAAUUAAUAAUUUUUAAACAAAUAAUAUGAUAAGAAUUAGUAUAACUUUAGCAGUAUUUUAAUUUUCUAUGUGUAUCGUUUUAUAAAUAAAAUAUUGUUCUGGCUAAUUCAAUUAUAAUAUUAUAGAUGUAUAAUAUAUUUUAUUUUAUAAAUUUAGAAUCGAUAUUCGAUAACUUCCCCAUAUCUUAGAUGAUUUAGAUAUUCUGAAUACCUAUUCUGAUCCUUAAGUGGUUACUAUUAAACGUUAGUAUUCCUCAAAGUUAUCUUAACUCUCUUCUUAUUCUUCUUAUUAACUUAAUUGGGAAGUGUAUAUUAUGGAAGUCAAAAUUAGUCUUCUUCGUCAACAAUAUAAUUAUAUUAAGAUUUUUCUAAGAAGUACUUCCUCAGCUUACUGUCUAGUCUUCCAACCUGAGCUUAAUAACUUUGAAAUCUUAGUAAUACAUUGAAUUAACUCUUAACGUCUAAAAUAGAAUAUUAUGUAUUUUUUCAUGAAUCUAUUCCCAUUGCAGUAUAAUUUAUAAUACUAUCUGUGUAAUGCUGUCCCUUUCAAAACCAUUUUAAUGGAUUAACUAUGGUAUGGUGUCGUAAUAAUUCUAUGGAUGAUCUUAAUCUCCUACCGCGUUCUUUAUAGUAUAGUUCUAUUGUACCAUGUUAGAAGUCACCUUUAUUCCCUGAUCUUACUUAUACAACUGUUAUAGUAGAGAUAAAUCGACAAUUAUCACAUACACCAAAUACCUACUUCACCUAGCAAACUAAUAAUAAAAUGAAUAUAGGUACUUUUUCAGUAAAUUUAAAGUUGAAAUUAAUAUUAAAUACCUAUACCUAUGUAUUAAAACUACCUACCUGAUAUUAUAUUAUGUAAUGUCCUGAAAAUAUAACACUAACUUAUUUCCUUACUUUAUUUAUUGAUCUUUAUUUCAAUAUAGGUAAAUGUAAAUACAAUUUAUUGCAGUAUCUUAUUUAAAUUAAUUUUUAGUCAUCCAUUCUCAAAGAGAUGUAUUUGUUAUGUAAACAAUAUAGAAUUGAUAAAUUUAACUAACUUCACUCAAAUAUUAUAGAUAGGUAUUAUGUAUUUUUUUUUAAUAAUAGGUACAUUUUUUUUAAAAACAUUCAUCUCUGUUUAUUCGAUGACAUUUUUCAAAUGCCGCCACUCAAAGCACUUUAAAUUUUUCAUGUAUAUA